UACUUGGUUCUUAGAGCGAACACAUCGAACCCGCGGCAGAGUCAGAAACCAAAAAUUUAAAUCACAAAAAAUUCGAAAGCGGUUUGCAGCAAAAGAGAAAUACAUUUCCCGUACGAACCAAAGAUGCAAUUCAGGUGAAAAUUGUGUGCCAGGGAAAAUUUGUGCAUAUAGUUAUAUAGCGCCGUGAUCCAGAAGCUGCCAAAAGUGCAUCAAGUGCCUAAAAACAAUAAACCUUCAGUUAAAAAUCAAGGCGAGAAAGAUGGCAAGUGUUGAGUGCUGUGAGAAGUGCGGCCGGAGCAGCAGCCGAGUGCUCCUGCUGCAGCUGCUGAUACUGAUGGUGAUGCUGAUGUCCAUGUCCAGGGACUGUCAGGCGUCCCGCUUCAACCAUUCGGCCUUCAUGGACGGUGUCCAGUCGGUGGUGGUGAAUCCCUACAAUCGCACCAUCCUGAACAUGUUCGACCUGACCGAGGAGCAAAUACAGAGCAUUCAGAAUCGCAGCAAUCCCAACACCAAGGACGAGGCCACCCAGUCCUCCAAUCACCAAUAUCUGGAGCACGUCGCCUCGCAGCGUCUGAACGAGAUAUUCAAGCGGCUGCACAAGGCAAUUUCCAACGAGCCCAAUGUCAACAGGUCAGCCGAGAAAGCCGGCUACCCCAUCUGCAAUGCGGAGACGAGCAUCCCCAACUGGCAGCUGGCCAAUAACGUCACCCUGCAGUUUGCCAACAGCGUGUUCGACCACAACGGCGAUCGGCCCAGCAGUGCCCUCCUGCGUCUCUACAAGACGUAUCCCGGACAAAGUCCCAGCCAGAGCCAGAGCCAGGAGAGCACGGAUCAGCCCACGGCCACACUCUGCCCCGACCAGGCGGAGGUGGGUCCCCAGAUACGCGUGACCGUCUCCAUUGUGCACCAGCAGAAGAAGAAACGUAAGUUAGAGCGCAAGAAGCGCACCUGCAACACGACCAUGUUCAGCAGCAGCAUGACCGGAUGGGUGGAGAUCGACGUUAAGUGCGCCCUGGCCUACUGGGAGCAGCAGCAGCGCCAGCAACAGCAGCAGCAGCCCCAGCAGCUGAUACCCAGCGUUGUGGGGCUGCUUAUGAUUGAGGUCCAUGACGACGAGGAGAAUCCGUUGAAGCCGGGCCUCUACUUCGAGCCACCCACUUGCGAUCAGGCAGACCCUGCUGUCCCAUGGAACGCAUACGGAUCAAAGACGUUUGUGCCUUAUCUGGAAAGUCGGUCAAUGCCCAGAUACCCAAGGAUAGAUGUUGGCUUUAAUGUCAGCGCAUUGCUUUCGCCACAUAACUGCUUGAAGAGCGUAUACAGUAUCCCGAAGAGCAGGAGCCACAUCAGCCCCGCCGAAUCAACCACACCCAAUUCACAAACAAUGGACAAUUUGCUUGACGAGACCAGUGAGACGGAGAGCCAGCAGGAGCAGGAGCAGGAGCGAGAGCGGGAGCGGGAGCGGGAGCGAGACCGGGAACAGGUCCACCAGCAUCACAGACGCCAUCACCACAAUCACCAGCAGCAGCAUGCAUCCGAAUCCGAAUCGGAAUCCGCGGCGCCCCAGACCGAGGGCGAGGUGGAGGCCGAGGAACUGUUGGCCGCGGCAAGCAAUAGCGAGCCAAUGGAGCCGAUAUCCAACCAUCACCUGCAUCGGGUGCUCAACCAUCACCAUGCCACGCACCAUCAUCAUAGCGGUCGCCAUCACCACAAGCACCACCACUUGAUGGCCCACAAGCAGGAGUAGAUCGAUCGACUGCGUUAUCCUAGUGGCCCAACAUAUUCUGUCUCUCCCUCGCCCCACCCACCCCCACACACACACACACACAUACAUACAUACAUAUAUGCUGGUCUUAUUAUACAUAUGUUUUUUUUUGUUUUUUUCUGUUUGUAUUUGUAGGGCCAGUUGACUUAACUAGUUUUUAGUUCGCCGGUUUCCUAACCCAACAACCAUAGGCAUACGCAUAAGCGGCACCCGUGCAGGGUUAUACAUACAUACAUGCAUAUAUACAAUUAAUUAUAAUUAUAAUUUACAAUUCGUUCUAUGUUAAACAAAUUUUUUGGUCGAAAUUUGUAUUAUUAAUGGAUUAAAUCUCUCUUAUAUUAGGAGUCUGUGAUUUAGAUGUGGUUGAAUUUGCGAAUUUUUUGCUACAAUUGAAUUAAACAAAAAAUGUAUUGGAACACACACACACACACACACACACA